AGUUGACAUUCAACGCCCCCUCGGUGGGUAAACUUUGCUGCAGUGGAAUGCGUGAAUCUGGCCGUGGUAUUUAAGUGUUUUCGUUCUUCUAUAUUUUCGUCGCGGAAAAAAGUUUCCAGCCCGCUAGAAUUCACUCCCGGUGGUCGGUCUCGGCGCAAGCAGCAUCCGUUACGUGGUAUACAAAUCCUCCACCGCUCUGACGCCAUGGUUCUGACCCGUGUAUUCCGUGCCGUGGGUCGUUCGACCUUGCUCGAGGCGGGUGUCGCCGCCAGCGGUGGUGCUGCAGCAGGCCAGCAGGGACAGGCUCUGGUUCGACUGCCGCUGCGCCGCAAGUAUACGUAUCGCAGCGGUGCCCUGAAACCGAUGCCCGAAAUCACACCGUUCGGACUGUUUGGCGUCAUCUGCACCGUCAUACCUGGGCUACUGAUCGGGGCCACCAUCAGCAAGAACAUGGCCAACUUUCUCGAGGAGAACGAUCUGUUUGUGCCAUCGGACGAUGAUGAUGACGACGAUUAGAGGAGCGGUACGCGCGCACACACACACACACGGAAUGCCUGCAACCGUUGGUCGUGGCAUUGGGCGGGCAGGAUCGAUAUUUUUAGAACCGAACAAUUCUUUACGUGUACGCGGUAUAAUUCUAGCAUGAUUCAAUAUUUUACCAUUGCGAUUCCUGGGCUCACCGUCGUAGCCGUAUAGAAAACGCGAGUCUUGUUACACAGCGCACGUUUCACUCGCUUUGCGUAGAUCCUUAAUAAUAGUUAACUCUUCCAGUUCAGCGCGUUCGGAAUAAUCAGUCUACGAGAGGGGGAAAAUACGGAAGGCUGAAACAUAGUUACUACAGGAAGAGUUCUCCACAAUUAGCCCAGUGAGCACCAGUGAUAUUCCAGGAGAGAGAAAGCACCCCAAACACACUUCCGCUUUAGUAGCGAGGGCGUUCGAACGAACUUAUUUUAUUGUUGUGCUUGCAGAAUUAUUUUCCAACAGCGCUCUUUUAUAUUAUCAGACAGUCAGUCCCGUAUGUUCGAUAGGCUUUGAUUUGUACAUAAUUUGCGAUUAAGUUCUGUUAAGGUGUUUUUUUUUAUGAUUUGCGUUAGCUUCGUAACUGGAGGAUUCACGCACGUACCCCCCGUACCCUAUUAAACAUGUUAAAGAGGGCGACAAAAGUUACGACGAAUCGAAUUGUUAGUCCGAAUUACAAAAAUAAAAAGGAAAAGACGAAUAAAAUAGUUUAAAACAAAAGCAA